GGGCGGCAGCGCCGCGAUGCCGGGCGCGUCCCUGCAGCGGGCCUGCCGCCUGCUCGUGGCCGUCUGCGCGCUGCACCUUGGCGUCACAUUCUUCUACUAUCUGGCUGGCCGCGACCUGAUCCGUCUGCCCCAGCUGGUCGGAGUCCCCACACCACUGCAGGGCAGCGCAAACGGUGCUGCCGCCGUCGAGCAGCCCUCCGGGGAGCUCCGGCCUGGAGGGCCCCGGCUGCAGGCUUCUGUAGGCGCCUCCUCCAGCCCUGAUGCGGAUGCUGGCCCCCGCCCCGAGAGCAACUUGACUUCGGUACCAGUGCCCCCCACCAGAGCACUGUCGCUGGCCUCUUGCCCUGAGGAGUCACCGCUGCUCGUCGGACCCAUGGUGAUCGAGUUUAACAUGCCUGUGGACCUGGACCUGGUGGCAGCAACGAACCCAGCGGUGAAGACAGGUGGCCGCCACACCCCCAAGGACUGCAUCUCUCCCCACAAGGUGGCCAUCAUCAUUCCAUUCCGCAACCGGCAGGAGCACCUCAAGUAUUGGCUGUAUUACCUGCACCCAGUCUUGCAGCGUCAACAACUGGACUACGGCAUCUAUGUUAUCAACCAGGCCGGAGAGACUAUGUUCAAUCGUGCUAAGCUCCUCAACGUUGGCUUCCGAGAAGCCCUGAAAGACUAUGACUACAACUGCUUUGUGUUUAGCGACGUGGACCUCAUUCCAAUGGAUGACCGUAACACUUACAGGUGUUUUUCACAGCCACGGCAUAUUUCUGUCGCAAUGGAUAAGUUUGGAUUCAGCCUACCUUACGUCCAGUAUUUUGGAGGUGUCUCUGCUCUAAGUAAACAACAGUUUCUCAAAAUCAAUGGAUUUCCUAAUAAUUAUUGGGGCUGGGGAGGAGAAGAUGAUGACAUUUUUAACAGAUUAGUUUUUAAAGGCAUGUCUAUAUCGCGCCCAAAUGCUGUGAUCGGAAAGUGUCGCAUGAUCCGCCACUCAAGAGACAAGAAAAAUGAACCUAAUCCUCAGAGGUUUGACCGAAUUGCACACACAAAGGAGACAAUGUUUUCUGAUGGUCUGAACUCACUCACCUACCAGGUGUUGAACAUAGAGAGAUACCCGUUAUAUACCAAAAUCACAGUGGACAUCGGGACACCGAGCUAGCAUUUUGAUACACUAAGAAGAGACCUGAAAACAGCCAGGGACCUCUGCUGUGUGUCCUUGCUGCUCUGCUGGGCUGGUCCCUCUCAUUUUUAUUAAUCUGAGUGACCGGUCCUCUUUGCUCAUCACUCAGAUGCCUUCCAGAUGACCAGGACAAGUGGGACAGUUUGCCCCCACGUUGACUCAGCAUGUGACUUCUUAAGCUCUCCAAGGUAUUCAUCAGUAUAGAAGCCGCCAGCCUUUUGGGGAAUUUUGACAUGUUUAUUGUCACCCCAGAGUCAGAACUGGAUACAGCCCAAAGUUUGCUAACUGUGGGGACUCAUUCCCAGUGAUGGAACUGAUACAUUGUUGUGAAAUAGGUCAUAUUUUUGCUUUAAAUUGUGGUGUUCUUAUUGCAUCAUGAAAAAUUGGAGAGUGCUGCUGAAAUCUGAUUGCUGUGAUAUUUUUUGGUUGUCAUAUUUUAACAGAAAAAAAUAAUUUUGACCAUUCUCAUUUUAUGUCCUUCCUCCCACACACCUUCUUUUGGUGGUAUGCAACUAUUACAAUCACUGUGUGUGUGUGUGUGUGUGUGUGUGUGUGUGUCUUCUUGGGCCUUUUGUUCUUUAAGGUGUGAAUUCCAAGGCAUCUUUAGCCAUCAGAGCAGAAGCCUUGGGCGUUCUCACAUUUGGUGGCUUGUCUCCAGAUUGUCUGAUUUCUGAAUGUAAAGAUUUUUUUAAAUAUAGCAGUUUGUAGUAUUUUAAAGAAAGAAUGAAUCGAAUUCUAAUUAUGAUCUAGCUUGAUUUUAUGUUGAUCCAAAUUUGCAUAGCUGUCUAGUAUUAAGUCCUGACCAUUUAUUUUUCUGGGCAUGUUAUGUAAACUUGAAUUUCGUAUGUAUUUUUAUUGUGGUGUUUUCAGUGUGGGAGAGGGGAUUGAGCAUUUUUAAGGGCAAAAAAAAAAAUAAUAAUGUAUGCUGUAGUGGCCACAAUUGGGCCUCUGAUUUAGCUGGCAGGCCAGGUUUUCUGAAAAGCAAAAUCAUCUUCAGGUCCCUUGACUGGGCAAGGCCUCCCUGUCAGCAUUAUCCUGCCAGACCUCAGCCAGAGAGACCUGGGAGACCGACGCUUCUAAACUCCCCACCCCCUCACUCUCCCCAGGUGGGCAGGGUGGAGGGAACCUCAGCUCCCUCAGAUGGAGCCCUCUGGGCAUCUGGCUGUGGGGUUGUGAGUAGCAGCAAUCAGGUUGUUUUCUAGCCCAUAGCCUCCCCACGUGGAGCAAACCUCCAUGUGGCAGGGCCACCACUCUGGGAGGCUCUGCCUGCCCUGUUCCCUGGCCUAUCUGGCAUUCCCACCUCCCUUCCCUUCCUUCCUCUCUUGCCCUUCCUUUCUCCUUCUUCCUUCCUGUCCUCCCUACCUUUUUUUUUCCCCCUUUACCUCUUUUCUGUUCCCUAAAACUUGCCUGUGUCACUCAGGGUCACAGAUUAUUCGUUCUCCAAUAUGACUGUGCCUUUUAAUUAGAGAUCUAGAAGUUUAGCUGAACUCACAUUCUGACUCCCUCCCAAGACCCGUGGUGCCUAAAGCCUCCCAUUUCCCCUCAGGUUUUCAGCAGGUGCUCCCACCCCAGUGAGGUUGACUCACAGGGGUGCCUUUCACAAACCCACCUCUGGGAGACAUGUAGCCUCCUAGGGUGAGAUGGUGUGAGACACGUCCUACUACUGAGCACCUUGCCAGAUCCAGCGUGGGCUGAGGUGCUGAGAUUCUGCUGCCUGAUCCCAGGGGCGAGCCCUUCACGUGUGGCAACCACAGCCCUCCUGGCACCUGCCUUUGGUGUGGAAGCUGAGCUGGUGCCCAGCCCUAUCUUAUCUGUGCCUUUAUCCCAUUGAGAAUCUCAAAUAGUAACUUGAUUCUUUUCGCACAAGCCUUUGUAUUGGUUAAAAAUGAUUUUCCACUGCAGAAGCAUUUGGGCUAAUGCCAAGAGUAUUCCUCUGUCAGUUCCUUGCUCCUUUGUAAGAAUGUUAUUUACUAGGAAUGAUUGCACUAAGAGGGCAUUUUGGGAAGUGCAAAGAAUGAGGCCUCUCUUUCUUCCUUAGAUCCCGACUUUUCCAAAGUGCCUUAGAAGAAAGGAGACAAAUGCCCUGAGUGGUAACAUCCUUGUUGCUUA